CCAUUCUCGAUUGAUAGACGCUAGAGUUCCCCACGCUGCACGCCGCGCGCCCUUCUGCCGCCACGCCCCCCACCGCCCGGGGCAUGCAUCCGACAUGACAGACGCCCCGCCCAGCCGCAGCCGACAUCCCCUCCCCCGCCCCCUCGUCCUCGCUGCGCUUUCUGCCCUGCUGCCCCUCGCACACGCCACGCCCGUGCCCCCCCUGCGCCACCGCGCCCGCUUACGCCUGCGAGCCUCCCUGCACGUCGAACCACUCUCCCAUCUGUUUUCCUCCCUCGGCGAAUCGUUCGCGCGCCGCAACAAUGUCUCGGGGCCAGUCCUCGGCAUCGCAUCCUACAGUACUUCCGCGCAAUCCUACACGCUACCGGCCGACUAUGUCAUACUCACCCCGUACUUUAACGGUGGCUUCAUCGUCCUUGCGUACAUCAUCGCCUUUAUAGGCUCGCUCUGUACCCUCGAGCUUCUCAUACGGCGCACCACAAACAGCGGAUGGCGCAAUCAAGCUUUACUGGCUGCCGCAGGUUUUUGUUUCGGCGCCGUCUCCACAUUCGCCAUGCACUUUGUUUUCAACAAUGCCCUCGGGUUGAAGCAUCCUCUUCAUCCCGAGUAUCCUGUGUCCUACCUGUCCUAUAAUGCCGGGUUUACGAUUCUUUCCCUUGUGGUCUCCUGUCUGGCCAUGACAAUCGCCUUCUUUAUCAUGGGGACGAAACUUGGCGACUGGAAAUGUGGGAGCCGGGCGAAGAGGAGACAUAAGAAGAUAAAAGACAGGGGCAGCAAGAGUCAGAGAGAAAGGGACGAGUAUCGCGAAUGGAAAUCUUCACACAAGAAGGGAAUUCAAGCAGGGUCGAAAGGUCAUCGUAGUCUGCUUACUCGUGCCGGAAGCCACUCAACAUGGUCUGCUCUCGAUCCAGAAACCGAAACUUCCGAAAGAUCACUCCGAGCAAAGUUGUUUGGCACACGGCGAAAAUCAGGAUGGAAGGAUGACACUCGUUUGGAUGGACCGGAGAACUUGGACAAGGAUCUUCAAGAAAUGGAGUUUCGACUGGGUAAAGCUGCAGUUGAAGAAGAAUUGGAGAGGAAAGCUCGCGAGGCCCUGGAUGGUCGUAUGGGUCGCAGAGCUUCCCUCCCCAUUGCACAAUCGCUUAAUGACUUUUCCUCCCCUCCCGCCGAGUUUCAUCCAGAUCGUGUUAGGUCAUCGCUACCAGAAAGUGCUUCAGUCUUCACACCCAAUUUCAGUUUCCCCGCACAAUCUCCCUCACUUUUCCCUCGCACCAAUACGACCGACAUCUCUCAGUCGACAGCUUCCAAUCCGGAAUCAUACUCCAACGAGAACCCCCAUCCAUUUUCCGCUCGCCAUGAGUGGCGUCGUGCUUCUUUACCCACAAACAUCCUUUUCACCCAACCUCCUAAACGUCCCUCUUACUCUGGCCCAUCGGGUUCCGGCCUAUCGCGUAUCCAGUCUCUCCCAGAAGGCGAUAUCGACCCCCCUCCUUCGCCAACUACUAUCCUUCGAUCAAAUGCUUCUCAGAAUUCAGACACUUCUGAUGAAGCCAAGGUAUCACUAUCCCCUGAAGCUCAACUACAUGGGCUGCAACAGGAAAAAUCCGCUAGCUCGGAGGAUGUUAGAGAAGGCAAGAGGGAUAGGUGGGCAAAGGUGAAUGAGAAGAAGAAUCUUUGGGGGAAACUGGGUGCUUUUCUGGGUUUCGACAUUGUCACUGCGGCAGAGGUGAUCAAGGUUUUUGUUACGGGUAUUACUGCCGGGUUUGGCGUCGUUGGCAUGCACUACAUCGGCCAAGCGUCCAUCAUCGGUAUCCCGUACGUGGCGUACAAGCCAGCGUAUGUCGUCGGUUCUGUCAUUAUUGCAUGUGGAGCUGUCGUCAUUGCGCUCUACAUCAUGUUUAUCAUGCUUCGGCCAAAACUCAAGCAUACUUGGUGGUCAAAAAUCCUGGUCGCCUUGAUUUUGGCCGUUGCUGUUUGUGCCAUGCACUUUUGCGGAACUUUGGGCACCAUUUAUGGAUGGCCUGCUGCACGAAGUACCACCAAACAUUCCAAACUCAGCGGCACAAACGCAGCCAUCACCGGUAUCGUCUCAGCCCUCGCCUUUGCAGCCUGUAUCGCCUGUACAGUCUUCUUCCUCCUCCACUCCCUUCAUCUCCGCCGCGAACAAGCCCGUCGUCGUCGAGUGGUUGUCGCGUCCGUCAUGUUUGACGAGAAGGAUCGGAUACUCGUCCAUUCGACAGAUGGGAUGUUGCCAAUGUGCGAUAUAGCAAACUUGACGGGCGGUGUGCAUGGGAACAGUAGUGGACGGGGAUCAUUCAUACAGAGUUUGAGCUCAGAGUCGACUGUGCUGGGGAUGGACUUGAGCACGGGACACGAGGCGUUUGUGUCAGCUCUCAAGCUUUCAUGGAUGUGGAGGAAUCCGAUCAUGUCUCAACAGAAUUCGGUGCAUUUGUUGGAUAGCAAGAGCCAGAGCCAGCCGCAUUCGCAUGCGGCUCACGCGCAGGCCGAUUCCAUGUUUGCACCUACAUUGUUGGAUAUCAGACGAGGGUCGAUGGUUACAAACCACACGAGCACGACAUUGACCGGUAGCAGGUCAAUGCCAUUGAGUAUCUCAAAGUUUCUCGAAAAGUUUUCAACGAGUUCUGGUCAUUUGGCGAUGAGGUUGACAGGUCAGAUGAAUGGGAUUACGAGGCUGGGCGUGUUGUAUGAUCAGAUUUUGACAACUGGCUGGGUCAAGUUGCAAAACAGCAGCGAUACCGUGUCCAAGGGCCAAUUGAUAUUCCUCGUACGACGUAUCAACUCUGCCGCUGAACAAUUUGAUCUCGUGUCUCGCCAUUACAUGUUUGCCGAUCCUUCAGCCGUCGCUUCCGCCCUCCAACGUACUCUAUCUGUCCCCUUUGAUCAUAUUAUGCCUCUUCUCGAUGAUAUCCGACUAUUCUGCGACUCGACGCUGCACUGUACGCUUCAUCCGGGUAAAUUAUACGCAGGUGUUGCAGUCGUGCAAGCAACACCUUUUGAUGGACUGAGGAUCCUGUUGGAGAAGGAUAAGAGGGGGCAGCUGCCUAUGCGGGAAAUGUGCACUUUCGGUACUUCUCCUGCCGAAAGUGGCGCUCUUUACGGGACGGUCGAGGAAAUCGGCGAGGCUGUAUCGAUGCUCCAAGGAUUCAAUAUGCUCAGCAUCAUUAGCCGCAACAUCUCUCCCAGUACCGAAACUGAUACCUUGUUGUCUGGGCGGGUUUCUGCGCUCCUCUCAGCGCUUGAGCUCGCUAUCGUUCCCAUGCUUGACGAAAUGUUGACAGCAGAGGAUAUGGAACACAUCCUCCCUCGUCUCACCCUCCAUCCCCUCCUCAUCCCUUUGACUCCCGGCGGCAGACCUCAGAGUUUGUCCGCAAAGCGAUCUCCAUAUACACCUCCUUACCUUAUCGUCUUCUAUGCCAAUUAUGACGUUGCUGUCAACACGUUCACCGAUAAAUGGCUGCCUUUUAGUCUCUUCCGAGCUCAGAGUGCUUGUGUCAUGUCGCAAAAGGUGCAAGUAGGAACGAGGAUGGAACGCAUCUGGGGUGAAAAUGAGCCAGACGGUUCUGCGACGCCCAAUGCGGCGCGGAGGCCUAGCAAAGUGCAGUUUGAGUUUCCGACCAACGGGGCGCAACUUGCUUCUGGGUCGACUUUUGACACGAGUAUUUUCAACGGGUAUUCCUUCCCAGCAUCUGACGAUAAUCAGACAAGUGUUCCACAUUAUUCGUCGUCGUCGUCGUCUUCUUCGGCUCAUAUAAACCCUCUGGCGAAUGUCACUCGGAAAAGCUCGCUGGUAAGAGGUCGAUUCAGCUCGUCUGGCGACGAAUUGCCAGAUCUCAAUGCCGAUUCCGGGAUCGCCAGCGCGCACGGUGUGAAUGGGACAACAGGAUUGGGGAUUGGGCAAGCGGGCGUUGGGGUGGGUAAAGAUGUCUUGAUCAAGCCCGUGUGGCCGGGAGUUGGAACAUGGGAUCAGGAUUGGUUGCUGCAUCUGCUGCGAGCCAGCUUGAGGGCUGAGACGUGAACGAUGAUUGGGAGGUGUACGAGGUAUAAAGCUUGGGGUGGACAAUUGAUGUAGCAGUGUCGUUCUUGUUGUAAUUUGCUAGCUCUUGGGACUCGGAGGAAUCAAGUUUUGGUUCCAUUUUUUAUAGAUGUAUAUAAUGCCAUACAUCAUUGAUAGGAAAGGUUAUCAUCAUAGACUACCUUACAUGCAAACGCAUAGGAACAUC